CUGACAGAGUCGUUCUCGCACGGGGGACUGUCGUACGCGCCGUCGGAACACCCGGGAGGGGCCAACGUGGAGCACUAUCAGCAGUGCAUUCGAGAACUGGGCAAGGGCCAGGACCUUUCUAGCGACGGUGAGUUCGGGUCCGCUUUCAUGUUCGUGUUUUCACAUGCGUGGGGGUUAUUCCGGGGAUUGCAAAGUUUCUGCUUCGGGGGUGAAUUCGUGGCGUGCUAAAAAGCACGAUAACGUUUAGCAAUUGGAAGAGGAUAAUUAUGCAAUACUUCACGACAGUCGGUCUUUUAGCAAGUUUGGGUGGCAAUCGGAAAGAUCGCGCUCGUAGUUUAGAAAGAUGUCAUGACCGCGACACCCACAGUAUUCUUGUGAAAUGCCUUUGGCCACACUGCGUCACAAACUCUAAACCAUUUCCGCGAAAGCUUGUUUCUAACAGAAUGGAAACAGGAAGAACGAACGCCACCAAGAAAUUCUGUUCCACGGCGAUAUACCCCUAGACGUAGCGUUGCCGUAUUGAAGAGGGUCUUGGCGUUGCAAGCUCGACCAGGACGCCGACAUACUGUACAGCUGUACUCAUUUACGUAGCCACAGCACGCAUUCUCAUUGUUCAUCCGUGAAAGUGAAAAGUCGACUCUCAUAUUAUGACCACGAUAGGAUGCUGAGUGCCCACUAGAUUUGAAUCCAUGGAUACGUACAUGAGAAGAAAAACAAUUGCCAGCAAAGUUACUAUUUUUAAUACAUGUACCAGCGGGCGGCAACUUGCUCCAGUUCGCUCAGGUAAAUGUGCGAAUUCACUAAGACGAGCUUCAGCUUCUGGGUCUCCGGCGACGACCCCCUCUCUCAAGGCACUACACUGUACAUUGCACUGUUCUUCGACCAGUGCUGAACGUUCGCAUCCGGUGAUGACCGAGUAUGUCGCCGUCGCUUGUAUUAUAGCUACAGAUCGUCGCCCCGCUCACGAUUACGGCUGCGGCGAUUGCGUAUGGAGCUCGACUUGAUUAGUAAAGCUUCAUGCCGGCGACUUAUGUAUCGCUUGGCUCCGACGCUGACAACUCGUGGCAACCCUCUCAUUCGCAAAACUCCUCAGCGCUUCACACGUGCAGCAACAGCAACCAACCUCCAACUUCCGCAACGCUUUAUCAUGCCUCGCAUUGUCAUCGUCGGUGGCGGCCCCGCGGGUAUCUCCGCUGCCCAGGCCCUAGCCAAGGAUCUCACCCCCAACGACCGCACGGAGGUGGUUGUCUUUGAGAAGAGCAAGUACUACUACCACGCUGUCGGCACUCCGCGCGCUGUCGUGGACGCCGACUACACCAAGAAGCUCUUCGUGCCGUACGACAACGCCAUCCCCACUGAGGCCCGAUCCUUUGUCAAGAUCGAGCGCGCCAUCGUGACGCGCAUCACGGCCACCAACGAAGUCGAGUACACGCCCAUUGGCCACGACGAUGAAAUGGUCGCGGGUCCCGUCAAGCGCCUUGCCUAUGACUACCUCGUUGUGGCCACGGGUAGCACGUACACGGUGCCCCUGAAGCAGCCCAAGGACGACUUCAAGCGCUCCACGACCGAGUUUAUGAUGGCGGAGGUGCGCCAGCAGAUCGAGAACGCCCAGAACAUCCUCGUCGUGGGCGGCGGCGCGACUGGAGCUAGCGUGGCUGGCGAGAUCAAGUCCAAGUUCCCUGGUAAGAAGGUAACGCUCAUUGAGGGCAAGGAAAAGCUGAUGGGCGGCGAGAAUGUGCGCGAGAAGUUCCGCGUGCGUCUGCUCAAGUUCCUGAAGCGUCUGAACGUCGAGGUGGUGCUGGGUGAACGUCUGACGGAGCGAAUCAACGGCAACAACUACGAGCGACGCACGCUGCGCACCAACAAGGGCCGCGAGCUCGUGUCGGACAUUCAGCUGUUGUGUGGCGGCUUCAGCCCCGCAACGGAGCUGAUCAAGGAGCUCGACGAGAGCCUCGUGACCCCUCAGGGUCUCAUCAAGGUGAACACCAAGCUGCAGCUCGACAACGCGCGCUACUCGAACAUCUACGCGCUGGGCGACGCGAACAACAACUCAGCGCCCAAGCACAUGCUGUUCGCCAGCCAGCAGGGCACGCACCUCGGCAAGGAGCUCGCGCUCGUAGCGCGCAAGACGCAGACGAACGUGAGCAAGGACUUCCCCAAGGUGGAGGCGGUACCUGCCAUGGUGCCGCUGGGCGUUGAGUCGAGUGGCACGGUCUCCGUUGGCGAUACACCAGUCAGCGAACCAUACAGACAGUGGCCGCCGUUGAAGGUGGCGCUGCAGAGUCAUCUCCAAACUUCAGUUCUCUCCCACCGACACUAACGCGAUUCCCGUGUGCCCGACGUGCAUUAACCAGAUACCUCCAGACCGAAUCAACGUUAACGGUAUCCCCGACCUUCCGCCCUCAACACCUACACGCACCAGGAAGAAUCAAUCUUUCAAUCAAUCUUUAACUCAAGAUGCAGCUCUUCAUCCGCUCGGUGCGUGGACUGCCAUGCUUCAGCAAUUGCAUCCAAGCGUUAGCAUUCUAACGGCUUCGUGUGCGGGUGCAGGACGCCGGGCGCACGCUGACCGUCGCGGUCGAGAGCCCCAAGGCCAAGGUGGGCGAGCUGCUGUCGCUCGUGGAGGCCAAGGAGCGCAGUGUGCGCACGCAGGGCUACCUGAACUACGGCGGUGUGCCGCUGCGCGCGUCGCGGUCGCUCACGGACUACGGCAUCCAGAACCACGCCACGCUGGAUUUGUCGCGGCGGCUGCACGGCGGCUGCUUCGGCUUCUCCAUCCUGCUCUGGAUCAUCAUCUUCAUCUGCUGCCUCAUCAGCGUCUGCACGUGCGGGCUGUCGCUGCCCGUGGCGCUGUGUCUCCUGCCGCCGGCGCUGCUGCUGCCGCUCUGCUGUCUAUAAAGCGAAGCGAGCAAUAGACUCACAGACACAGGGGGAGCGCUUUGUAGACGGACGGACGCUGCAGGCACAGACCACACCAGAACUUGUAGAAAACCGCGUGGCUUGCAGCGUCCCGAUACGCGUCCAUACUCAGCAGAUAACUAUCAACCUUCGCCCCGCAACAUUAGGGCAGAACAAGCGUCUCAACAACAGUAAAAAGCAAAAUAAAAAGUCAUGUCGUCUUCGUCUUCAGGUGCACACCCCACUACAACCAGCAGCAGGCCUUAUCUGUCCUCUCUCGGCUCCGCAGCCAAAGGUUCAAGGGUCUCAGCAGCAGGGAGAGCCUGGCAUCACUUCAGAUGCUCAUAGCUCCUGCUCAAGACAUCGUCCAAGGCCCCAAAACCACGCAUCUUGCAGCACGGCAGCAGCUCUGUCGGCCUGCAGCUAACGCCGCCUGAAAACUCCGCUCCUUGAGGUCGAUUAUUUACUUGCGCGCGGCCGGGCGCCUGCCGCCUCCUCCGGCCUUGCGGCCCGCGCCCUUGCCCCCCUUCUUCUUCUUCUGCUCCUCGUUCUUCUGGCUCAAGGCCUGCACCUUGCCCAGCAGCGGCGAGUUCUUGAGGAUGUCCGGCAGGAUCACGAGCUUGAUCUGCGAGCCGCGCACGUACACGAGCUCGAGCUUGGACUUCUGGCCGUCGCGCGCCGUGAGCACCACGUCGCUCAGCUGGCAGUUCAUGCUGUCCUCGCUCUC